GAAGGGCUACCGUGUACCAAGUUUUGUUGCCUCGGAGAUUACAGCAGUAAACAAAACUACGGGUGACUGCAUUUCUUGUGAGAUUGUACGUGUACCAUGGAAGUUACAAGUAGCUUAAGAGGAAUGGAAGAAGACCAAUUAGAAGCCUCAAAUCUUCAAUCAAAAGUCUGGCAUUCUGAGAUGACAGUGUCAGUAAUAGGUGAGCCACCUGCUGCUGUAGAGGAAGAAAAAGAAACAGCUGAAGAAACAAACAUAGACAUCAUCCCGGAAAUCAUAGAACCACUCUCCAUUCUAGAUGUGCUGAGGAUCUCUGCAGUUCUGGAGGAUACCACAGAUCAGCUCUCUAUUCUGAACUACAUCAUGCCAGUUCAGUAUGAAAGAGGACAAAGUGUCAGUGUGAAAAAAAAUAAAGAAGUUAAUUUUGAAGGAAAGAACUUAGAAAAACUUUCAGAUGCCCCCAAAACCUCGAAAAUGUCCAGUCCAUUCUUACCUAAAGAAGAAACCAAGUUGCCAGAAAUCGGACAAGGAAGCCAAUUGGCUGACGAAUUUAACAAAAUGCAAGAUCUUGUCUUCAAAAAACCUACAAGACAGACCAUAAUGUCUACAGAGACACUGAAAAAAAUUCAGGUGGAUAGGCAGUUUUUCAGUGAUGUAAUUACGGAAACCAUGCAGGAGCUGCAGCAGUCAGGCACUUUCACCAGUCUCCUGGAAGCUUUGGGCAAAGAGAGGGAAAACAAAAUGCAUUUCUAUGAUAGUAUUGCCAGGGAGGAAAAAGGAAGAAAACAGAUAAGAUCACUUCAAAAACAGCUACUUAAUGUCAAAAGAGAACGGCAUGCUGAAAUACAGAAUCAGAAUGAAUAUAUUGCUCACCUCAAGGACCAGUUGCAAGAGAUUAAGGCAAAAACUAACCUGGAGAAUCGUUAUAUGAAGAGAAACACUGAGCUGCAGAUCUCCCAGACUCAGAAGAAAUGUAACAGAACAGAGGAGCUCUUGCUGGAAGAGAUAGAGAAAUUAAGGUUGAAAAUUGAAGAAGAGAACCGGAUUCAUACGGAGAUUGAAACAUUCCUUAGAAAGGAGCAGCAG